AUGGUGAAGUCCAUACGGAUUAGGUCAAAAGAAUAUUGGGACGCAGACAUCCCUGAAUAUGAUCGUAGUGGUGAGUUGUUUACAGUAACUAUGUGGUGUGGUGGAACAUUUCAAACAGAAGGUUUUGUGUGUUAUCAAGGAGGGUCUAAAAUGACAUUUGAUUUUGUCCAUAUGAGGUCCUUAAAUAAUUCCACAUUGAAGAAAAUGUCUGACAAAUUUGGUGUUGAAGUACUUCUUAUUGAUAAGCCAUUGCUUGAUGAUGAAGACAUUAAAAUAAGGGCUUUAUGUCAUAAAUAUGGUUGUAGAGAAAUGACUUUGUAUGUUGAAAAUGAAGGUACAUUCAGUCCUUCUAGUUUGUCCAUGGAUGGGGGAUGGAUUAAUUUUGACUCUGAUUCUGAGAGUGGGAGUGAGUCUGAGAGUGGUUCUGAGAGUGAAAAUGAGAGUGAAAAAAAUGAUAAUGAGAGUGGGAAGGUUAGUGGUUCUGAGAGUGAAAAAAGUAAAAAUGAGAGUGGGAAGGGCAAUGGUUCUGAGAGUGGGAAGGGUGGUGAUUGUGAGAAUGAAAAUAUUGAAUAUGAGAAGAGGCAAGAAGAUGAGGAUGAUUUUCUUGAUAGUGAUUAUGAUUUCAGAAAUAGUAGCUGUGAUGAUGACGAUGCAUUGUUUAGUGAGAAUGUGGAUGCAGGGGCUAGUGGGGGGGAAGAUGGUGAUUCUAGUACUGAUAGUGAUGAUGAUGUGGUUGAGGUUCCUGAUGAUUUAGGUGAACUGAGGGGCUGGAGGUAUAUCAAAGGAUCAGGCUAUAGGGCUGCGAGAAGAGCCCUGGCACAACUUGAAGGAGAGCCUGAUGAUCAGUAUUCCCAAUUGUGGGAUUAUGCAGAGGAGUUGAGAACUUCAAACCCUGGGUCAACUUGUGGCAUGGCUGGCCACAAUGCAAGGUCUUGUGAGAAAAGAAAGGAGAAAGAAAUGAACACUCUAAGCCAAAACCAAAGUCAAGUAACUCUAGAAGUGGACAACUCUCCAUUGAAAAGGGCUUUUGAUACAGUUCUUGAAAUUAAAAGAGCAAAAGCUGCUGCUAAUAGAGGUAAAAGAAAAAGGGCAAAGAAGGCCACAGUUGGGACAGAACAAUCCUCACAAAAUCCUACACUUUUUCCACCAGUGAUAAGCCAUGAAGAAGAAGAUGAGGAGUUGUAG